UUCCUCUGCUACAGGAUGCCAAGGGACAGGACCUCAGCCCUCAGCCCUGCCCUUUGCCCACAAAAGAAUUUUAUGUCCUCUUCCCAAUUCAGUAAGAGUUGCCAGAAGUCCAAGGUGGCCCAUUCUCUUCACCGUUCUUCUUCUUUUCUUCACCACUGCCGCCAGCAAGGAAGAUCAAAGCUUUUUAAAUACAGUUUCUGCUCCCGGUUGGCCAACCAGCAAUGUCACGGCCAUCUCUGCCAAGAAACCCACAAAUCUUGGACACGCCCAGUGGAGCCAACAAAAAACAGACUUGUCUUUUAGCAGGUUAAUUAAUCAAACUGGUGUAAGUCAGAAAAAUGCCGGCCCGCUUCAUACCUCUCUUCCUCAACGUCUUGAUGCUUUCAGUGGUGACCGAAAGAAGACCAGAAGAUCUUACUCAACAUCAGCCAUUGUUAAUUCAAUGGGCACAAGUCUUCAGGGUCUGGUUUCUUCUACUGGAACAGAGUCCCUUGGCACCAUGGAGCGAAGAUCAGUGUUUCUCCCAUCAAGUAGUGAAGGAACCACUCAGAGCUCUGGUGCUUCCAAGUUCUUCAGAUCUCGUAGCAAUAACUUCCCAGCUCCAACUUCUAUUCCAUCUCAUGUGGCAAGCUCAAAAAAGACCCUCUUUGACCAGGCGCCCACAUAUAAUGAAGACUAUGAUACUGCUCGAUUGGCUGCUGCCAACCCUCCAACAGAUGUCACCAUUCCUGUAACUCAACCUCUCUCCUCCCUUUGGGUCUCUGCUAGAUACCCAGUUGAAACCACCGCUCAAGUUGCUAUGCCUACACCUGUAACCUCGACAAGAUUGCAGUCAGAAGAGACCAGUGGGGUUUCCACUCAGCAGCAAGGGGAACCUCUGAGCCUCAGUCGGUCUUCGCGUGGACCCAUUUCCAGAAGGAUUGAGCCCCGUGAGCUUUUUCCUCCAUCAACUGCAACUGCUAGAUCCCAUCUUGAUCCAGAGAAUUCCACAGCAGCCCAUCCUUAUGAAGAAAGUGUCACAGCCUCACUGCCUAUCCAUAGCUUAGUUACAGUGGUGAGUUCUUCAGCCCAACAAUCGACAGAAGAUUCCAUCUUGCAGGGAUCUCAACAGCUUGAAGUCAGUUUCACGACGCCAUUGACAAAUUCCAGUCCACCAGGCUCAUCUACUGUGGAAGCAGUGUUUUCUCUUGAUGUGGCUGCUAAUGAGAGCAAUUGGAUGGUGGUAGGGUCUACUGAUACUAUUCCUACGUCUGCAGCCGAGACACCAAGACACCAAGUUUCACUUGAAGUGACACAGCUUGCUUUUGCAACUGCAACUGUUGGCCUUCUGAAGGAAACCAGUCCUUUUCUUGAACCCCAGAGUUCUCUAUUGAAAGACCACAUUGAAAGCGUUCCACCAACUUCAUCUUUUGGAACUUCAAAAGAAGAUGAGGUCUCCUUGGUUUCUUAUAACACACUAACUAGCUCCCUGGUGGAAGCGGUCACAUUGGAACCAAAGGACAACACUUCUUCCGUAGCUGAAGGUUACGUUGAUCCUACAGUGAGCACCAUCUCAAAAGCUGAAACUGAGGCAACCAGUGUUGGUGUCAAUUUCUUGAAUCAUCAGACUUCUUCACCAUUGAGCACACUGCUUUCUGGAAAUGCUGAAAUUGGGCCCCGAGUUCCUUUUGAGACCGAUCUGUUGGAAACUGUAGCCCACACUUCUGAUUACGGGAAGCCAUUAGAGACCCAAUACUAUGGAAGAAAGAGAGCGAUUGCAGCAAGUACGAAAGAGUUACCUACCUCAAAGUCUCCCCUAACUGCCAUGGAAGCUGAUUCAGUCAGAAGACUGACCAGUGUUCACCCAGUAGAUGCCAGGGGAACUGGAGCUACUCCAUUAUCUCCUCGAAGUUCUACCACUCCUAUGUCCAAGAUGUGGCAAACAUGGAAGGAGUCUUCUGAGCCUGAGACAAUUGCAGAUUUCUUGGUGACAAAGGUAUUUAGUCUUGGUACCACAAAAAACGACUCUGCUGUUCCAUCACUCCCAUAUUUAGAUACAGGAGAUGUUCUAUAUCCAACUGGAGCAACCUCAACUAGACUGACCUACACUGAUCUUUCAGAAGGACACACCACUAGUGCUUCAGUGGAGUCUUCUGGCAGUCCUGUUGAACAGAAGCUUCCCAGUCCAUCACAAUCUCAUCCCACAGUUUCUCUUCCAGGUUUGAUAGAAUUUGAUAGAUCUUCAGUCACACCAUCCCACCACUCUUUAUUGUCAAGCAUUACCUCCAUUCCCUUCUCUACAAUCAAUGUUCCAGAGUCAACUUCGAAAACGUUUAUCAACAUUACGGAGGGCCACCUAGUUAGAAAAGGACACCAGGUCACAGGUACCUCCACUGCAAAUAAUAUACAAAUGAUCGGCAGAACAACUUUGACCAUUCGUAGCUCAAGAUUCACCAGAUCCAGUAAUUCUGAUGUUCCUGCAUAUCCAUCUUCUGUCCUGGAGACCAAAUCCAACCAGGCAACUCCUAUAUUUUCUGCUACAACUACUCUGUGGACCUCUCGAAGAACUCUUCCAGUUGAAUCAAAAACUACUUGUAGGAACCUCUCUUGCCCAGAGAGUAUCUUCACACCGCCUCAGAAUAUAGCGGCUCAACUCGUGACUUCCCAACCAUUUUUGACCAAAAAGUUUUUGAGCACUAUCUUAGGGACGGCAGCGCCCAAGAAACAUGUGACCCUUGCAGAUGCCGAGGUAUCCGGAUCAGAAGAGAGAGAGACAACUACAUUACCCAGAACAAAAAUGGUGACCAGAGUCCAACAUGAUCAUUCUUCACAGCAGGCCAGGUCCGAAUUCACCACCUCGCCGUUGAACCAGUCAGUGAAGGAGAAUUUGACCCUGGGUAAAUUCGUUUCAACUGUUCCAGCAGUGCGUAUCCUGUCUUUGUGGUUUCGUCUCCUCAAAAUAAAUUACACCAACGCCCUGAUGAACAAGUCUUCGGAAAGUUAUAAGAAACUGGAAAAAGAAAUUAAAUUAACGUUAAAGAAGAUGCUGUCUACCUAUGAGAACUUUCUGCAUGCAAAGGUUCUUCGUUUCUUGAAUGGAUCCGUCGUAGUGGAGAGCCAGGUGGUCUUCCAGGCAACAGGCCUUCUUCCCACCCCCUCUGACAUCAUACGGACAAUUGUGACAAAGGUUGAGAGCCGGAAAAUAGAUGCGUUUUUUGACUGGAGGAUAGAUGUGAGAUCUUUGCACUUAAAUGGAUUCAGCUUGAAAAAUCUAGAACCUGAGAAGUUGGCUGUAUUUUUCAGUCUCCUGGAACUGGGGUCCAUAUCAGCCUUUGAUCACAAGAACCUUGCUCAAGAACACUUGGAAAGUCUGAAGAUCAAGAUGAAAUUCUUGCUUGGAACCCGAUAUGUAGUUCCUUUGAUCUCGCUUGUUGAUAAUCGAAAUGCCCAAGGUGGCGUUGAUAUAAAUGGAAAUAUCUUCAUCAGGAGCGUUACUCAUGUGGACAUUCCCUGGAUUCUCAAAGCACUGAUUGGGCUUUCAAAUGUGUCUGUGGACCUCAUCUCACUCUCCAUCAACGGUUCAAAGCUCAGUCUGCAGGUCUUCCCAGUUUCCUUCUUGAUAACCAACAGAAUAUUCAAUGAGAAGAUGUUGGACCGUUCUUCUGCAGAACGUCAGAACAUUGCCAAGGAUCUCUCCGAUACGCUUACCCGUAUACUUGGCAAAUACGAAAAUCUCCUCCAAGUGGCAAUCCGUAAGAUCACAGGCGGCUCUCUUGUUUGUUACGGAGACGUGAUAUUUCAGCAACCAGCGCCAAGCAACAAGGCUGUUCUCCAGACUCUGGCAUUUUCGGUCGAUCCAAAGGAUUACCUAGAUUCCUCGAGUUUUCAAGUGGAUCGACCUUCCUGA